UUUUGGAAGCGAGGAGAGUAUCAAGUGAUCUGGCCUACUGAAGAGGAGACUGAAGCCAUCUCUGAGUGGAGAUUUUGGACUUGCGGGAGGAAGGCUGUGUGUCCCCUCCAUGUGGCAGAACUGCUCCUCCUUACCCAGGAAGUCAAAGUGAAGGAAAUAGGUCAAGGGCAGCUUUUACAUUCCACCCAAAAGACACCACAGUUUGAGAUGAGGAAUUCAGAAGAGCAAGCAGCUACGACAGUUUUACAGCGCCUGCUGCAGGAGCAGCUCAGAUACGGAAACCCAAAUGACAACCGUAACCUUCUUGCCUUACACCAGCAAGCCACAGGAAAUGCCCCCCCUUUCAACAGCACUGGGAGUCCAGCAUCUCAGAACGAAGGGCUGAGCUCCCAGGACCACCAGCUUGUGACUCAUGCUGCCCGUCAGGAGCCCCAGGGCCAGGAGAUACAGGUGGACAACAGCAUCAUGGAGAAGCAGCUCUCCCCACGACUUCAGAACAGCGAGGAUCUCCCGACCUACGAGGAAGCCAAAGUCCAGUCACAGUAUUUCAGGGGCCAGCCGCAUGCUAGUGUCGGGGCAGCGUUUUAUGUAACGGGGGUCACCAACCAAAAAAUGAGGACUGAAGGGCGACCCACUGUUCAGCGGGUGAGCCCAGGGAAGGUCCACCAGGAUGAAGGACUUAAGGACCUCAAGCAAGGGCACGUCCGCUCCUUGAGCGAGAGGCUGAUGCAGCUGUCCUUGGCCACCAGCGGUGUCAAGGCCCAUGCGCCUGUCACGAGCGCGCCGCUCUCACCUCUCUCUCCACUUUCUCCUCAGCAGUCCAGCGACCCUUAUAAAAAUUCUGGCUCAAAUGAGUUCUACAAGAACUCGGUGCAGCCCCCUUCCCAGCCCAACAUGAAAGGAAUGGAGCAGCGGGGUCCUCCUCCAGAGUAUCCUUACAAAAAUGUGUCCACCCCGUCUAUGAACUGCAAACCUCAGGACUCGGGACAUUUCUAUAGUGAUCAUCGCAUGAGCCAGCAGGGACGAUCUGAUGGGCCUAUGAUGAGGUAUCAACAUCCCCCUGAGUAUGGGUCAGUCAGGCAGAACCCAGAUGUGCAGCUGCAGUUACAACAGAGACCACCUCACCACCACAGCCCUACUUCUUCCUUGACGUCCUUGGGAUCUUUGACUUUGCUUCAGUCUCCGCCACCAUCCAGGCUGUCCCCUUCCCAGCAUCAGCAACCUCUGACUCCAAGCCAGGGAGAUCCUGGCAUUCUGCCACGGACCCAGCAGCCAUUCUUGUCAAACCAAGUCCACCAGGGAGAUUUGUACCGACUAUGCCAGCCCUUCCUAGGCCCGCAGCAGCAGCAAGGCGAUUCCUAUUCAGUAAUGUCCCGGGCUCAGCAGAUACCUUCCCCAUACCAGCAGAUGCAAGUAGAUCCUUUUGCCAUCGUUUCCAGGGCCCAGCAGAUGGUGGAAAUCCUGUCAGAAGAGAACCGGUCUCUACGACAGGAGCUGGAUGGGUGUUAUGAGAAGGUAGCCCGGCUGCAGAAGCUGGAAACAGAAAUACAACAGGUUUCAGAGGCAUACAAAAACCUGGAGAAAUCCUCCUCUAAGCGGGAUGCCCUGGAAAAGGCCAUGAGAAACAAGCUGGAAGGAGAAAUUCGUAGGCUUCAUGAUUUCAACAGGGAUCUAAGAGAACGUAUGGAGACAGCCAACAAGCAGCUUGCGGAGAAGGAAUUUGAGGGGUCUGAAGACAAUCGGAAAACCAUCUCUCAACUCUUUGCACAAAACAAGGAAACGCAGCGGGAAAAAGAGAAACUGGAAAUAGAACUGGCUGCUGCACGCUCCACCAACGAGGACCAACGAAGACACAUUGAGAUCCGAGACCAGGCCUUGAACAAUGCUCAGGCCAAGGUGGUGAAACUGGAGGAGGAGCUCAAAAAGAAGCAGGUCUAUGUCGAGAAGGUGGAGAAGAUGCAGCAGGCCCUGGUUCAGCUGCAGGCAGCAUGUGAGAAACGGGAACAGCUGGAACACCGGCUGCGGACCCGGCUGGAGAGGGAACUGGAAUCUCUCCGGAUGCAGCAGCGUCAGGGUACAUCUCAGGCUGCCAACGUCUCGGAGUACAAUGCCACAGCGCUUAUGGAACUCCUGCGCGAGAAGGAAGAAAGGAUUCUUGCUCUGGAAGCUGACAUGACCAAAUGGGAACAGAAAUACCUGGAGGAGAGUGUGAUGAGACAGUUUGCUUUGGAUGCAGCUGCAACUGUGGCUGCUCAGAGGGACACGACGACGGUGAUCAGCCACUCGCCUAACCCUAGCUAUGACACCUCGCUGGAAGCUCGCAUUCAGAAGGAGGAGGAAGAGAUCCUGCUUGCUAACAGGAGGUGUCUCGACAUGGAGGGAAGGAUCAAGACUCUGCACGCUCAGAUCAUUGAGAAGGAUGCCAUGAUCAAAGUCCUGCAGCAGCGCUCCCGGAAGGAGCCGGGUAAGACAGACCAGCUCUCCUCAAUGAGACCCGCCAAGUCGCUGAUGUCGAUAUCGAACGCUGGCUCGGGCUUGCUGUCCCACUCGUCGACACUGAGCAGCACACCCAUCCUGGAGGAGAAGAGGGAGGACAAGAGCUGGAAAGGCAGCCUAGGUGUUCUGCUGGGAACAGAAUAUCGCUCCGAAUCCAUUCCCUCCACCCCCUCUCCUGUCCUUCCUUCCACACCGUUGCUGUCAGCCCACUCGAAAACCGGCAGCAGAGACUGCAGCACCCAGACUGACCGGGGGAAUGAGCAAAACAAAGCUGCACCUUCCACUGCAGCUCCCGCACCAGGACGACUCCCCAGUACCAGCCUGGCCUACAGUGCAGACAAAACAGAUGGGCCACUCUUCCACUCCAGCACUCUUGAAAGAAAAGCCCCUGUUCAGAGCAUGGGGCAGGACCUCCCAGAUGGAGAGAUGGUAGAAUACCUCAUCUGAAAGGCUGUACCAGGAUCUGAGCUGGGAUACAGUAGCAAGAAAUUUUUAAAAGACAUUUUUAUUGGGGAAAAAAUUGUAGUACCUGAGUAAUAAAAGAACACUUAGCUGUUUGCUCUUGUAUAUUAUGUCUCAAAAGUAUGGACAGGUUAAUUUAUAAUUUGUUCUAAAUUAUAAAAAACCCGUAACACUUGUUCUUUGAAAGUUUCCCCCUUUAUAUUUUAAAUACUGGUUCUGGUAACAUCUGGAGAAAAAAACCGAGAACUUAGGUGCACUACAUCUGAUAUUUUGUUUCAGUAUUUUUAAAGUCUCUUAAACAGGAGUACCUGCUCUCACAGGUGUUGGUUAAAUGUCUCACUUGAACGCUGUAGGAUGAGUGCCAUGGCCUUAUAACAGUCAGAACCAGGGACUUAGUUGUGAGCAUCACUUAAUGGUUUUAGCAUACAGGUGUUCUGAGAAACUUCUGUAAAUUUGAGCUGUGAUCAAGGGAGACCUCUCUUUACACCUUCUCUCUACACUCAGUGUAAGAGCUCAGAAUAGGUAUUUCACAUUCAUAGGCUGGAAUUUUCAGUAAUAACUUUUUUUUUUUAACUUCCCAAA